CAGCAGCGAAACCGAGACUGUGAUUGUUGUUGUUGCGAAAAAUGGUUGUAUGAAACAUUUCGUUUUAAUUUUUGGAGAAAAAAGCAUUAAGAGAGAUGUCAUUUUUCAGUAGAUUUAGAAAUCCUUCAGAUAAAGAUAAGGACUCAAAAAAGGGCUGGGAGCCUCCAAAGAUUUUACCAGCUGAAGAAACAGACAGUCAAGUCACUUCAGAUCAAUCUCAAGAUGCCAAAAGCAGUUUCAAUUUUAUCACAGAGGCAACAGUCAAGGAACCAACAAAAACAAGUUUUUCAUUUCUUGAUGGAGACAAUCAGGCCAUACACAAAGAAACUGACCUUCCCACACAUAAUGCUGGGGAGGUGUCACAGUUUUCAACAUUAUUAGAGCGAAAUGAAACACAGCCAGAAGAAAAGGUAUCAGAAGAAGGCCCUGGAAAAUCACAGUUCUCUUUUAUAUCAGCUAGUGCUGCUGCAAAGACAGCAUCCACGGAAAAGAAAAGGGUGGAAGUUACGCCAAGAAAGAAAAAGAAAAAAGCGGUGCAACCUGGCUAUGGCAAAACGAUGGAAACAGCAUCAAGUGACAUAAUACAGAAAACAAGAUCAUCAUCAACUACAUCUGCAUCAGAAACAAGAUCCGAAGGCUCGGUUGAAAGCGAUGUGAUGAAAAUAGACGAAAGCAAAGAAAAUUACAACGAUAUUGAAAAUAGAGAGGAAACGUUUAUCCAUCGCAAAGAGUCAACAAGCAGUUACGAUAGCAGUGCGUUUACUGUUUUAUCGGACGACGACGGUGUUAGAGGUUACAAGAAAGCAGAAGAUAUAACUAGAGACGAUGGUUCUAACGUUGCUGGAGCUAGAGAUGACUUAGCGGGAGACGGCGAAGCAAGCAAAAUGGUUGAUGCUGUCGAGCGCAAGGAACUGGUUGGCAAUGAACAAAUAGAUAAUAUGAACCAACCAACUGAGUCAAAUGUACUAGAAAUAAAUGAAGAAAGCAUGCCUGAUGUCGAUAGCUCUCUACAUGAAGUACCUAAUGUGGCUUACGAAGACACAAAGCCUGAUGUUGUUGACCGUACAACUGCCACUGGCAACGAAGAAACCCUUUGCAAUGGGAAACUGAAUAAGAAAACAAUAGAAAUCGAAACGCAUCUGGAUCAAGGACAAUUUUCUUGUUCAGAAGUAGCAAAAGAAAUUAUGAAAAUUGGUGAUGCUAUUGAGAAAACUCUUCUGAAUAAAGAAGAAAUUUGUGUAAGAGUAGAAAGAUUGAAAGAACUUGGUGAUGUUUUUGAUAAAUCAUAUUCAUCGUAUCAGCUAACACUUGACGAGGAAGAAAAAACAGAACUGUACUUGCAAACGUUGGAAUCAAGAGAACAGCUUUUAAGGGAGCAGUUGAAUAGUUUGCGGAAAUCACACAUUGGACUGUUAUGCGAUCUAAAGGAAACGACGUUUUCAAAAGAUUAUUUAGUGUCCCAAAUAGCACAACUACAAGAUCAGCAACAGUUGGCAAUAAAGCAAGAUGAUUUUUCUUCAGCCGAAAGUAUCAACCAUCAACUGGAGGAAAAGCAGAACGACUUGAACAAUUUCAAAUACAGGCAUCCGAUUGUAGAGCGACGGGUAUCCGAACUUUUCGAGCAAUCUAACUUGACCAUAAAGACUAAUUUACAGGAAUGCGAUACUCUAGAACGUGAAUUCGAAGAAAUAAUAUCGACAGAAAGAAAAAGUUUAAAUGAGAAAAUAACUAAGAAUGACAAUAGCCUCUACAAAGCUAAACUGUUGCUAAGCGAGGAGAAAACUAAGCUUGAUCGAGAAAUGGGACACAUUGCAUUGGAUAAAGAGCACCUUUGUAAAGGCAAAGUGAAACUUGAUAAGGAAAUUAUGGACAGAACUAAAGAAAAGCAAGAAGAAAAAGUUAGAUUAACGCAGGACAGAGAUGUUAUACGAAAUGAAAUUAGAGAACUGGAGUUAAGAUUAGACGUCUUGCGAAAGAAAGAAGAUUUAUUCAAUUUGGAUAUUGACAAAGUAAAUCUUGCUAUUCAAGAAAUGACGAAAGAUUUUCUACCACAAAUGGAAAGGCUGGAAAAAGAAGAAAAAGAAAUAAUAGCUAAAGAAGUAGAAAACAAUUCGAAACUGGAAAUGCUUGAAAAGGAGAGCAAUGAUUUGAAAGAGAGGCAAGAGAAAGAGGAAAAUUUUGAGAGACGCUGCAAAGAUAAUAUUGAAACCUUAUCGACAAAGAUAGCGUCAUUGAAGCAACUGAAGUUAGAGCUGGAAGAAAAUGUCAUACAUUUGAAGGAUGUCAUUGACUUAGAUCUUAUUUGCUUUUCCCCAAGUGAAGAGCAUCAAAGUAUGAUUGAUAAAUUGAGCAAGCUUUCAGAAGAACUAAGCACAGCCAAGUACAAGGAUAUUGAUUGCGGUGCACAAAUUGCAAGGAUGAAAAAGAGGCUCGAUGAUAUCGAGGCUCGCGUGGAAGAAUUAGAAAAGAAAAAACAAAUUGCUGCAUCAGCGCGUAAUUUCAAAGCAGCGAAGAGUAUAAUUGAAGAAAGAGAUAACGUUUCAAAAGAGGGACAAGAACUUCAAGAGCAGCUACGCCUUAUUGAGUCUGACAAGAAAACACUGAACCUGUCGAUAGAGGAACUAAAUAACAAAAUUUCCCAGACCAACGAAAGUAUUUCUUCAACUGAGGCUGAUUUGGACAAAAAUAUAAGCUCGUCUUUAGUCAAAGCGAUCAGCAAGUUACAGGAAUAUUUGACAAGAUCAAAUACCGAUUCCUGGAUACGACCAUUUAUCCAAUUCGAAAUUCAAAUUUGUAAGGAUAUUAUCAAUGACAUCCAUUUGAAAUACGGUUGGUCAAAGCCAGAGAUAGAAGAAUUUGAUAGUUGUCAUGCUCCUUGCGGUGUUCUUGCAUCGGAAGAUUUAACUGCAACUGUUGGAAUACCUCCGGGAGAGCCGGGUGCACCAAACGAAGACGUAACAAGACAAACUGAAGCAAAUGAGACUGGUGAAGACAUAAAGGCUGAAAUUGUAGAACUGGAGCGCCAGUUACAGGUGGCAGUUGAUAAUGACAACUUUGAUGAAGCUGAUGAAAUAAAUACUAGAAUCGAGGAAUACAAGAUACGUCUGAAAUGUUGAUUGAAACAUCACCCAAGGACGCCUGGAGAAGUUAUUUGCAUAGGAUGACCCUUCGUGGGAACAUUGUCCGUUGCAGUUAAAUCAACUGGCUUUUGACGUAUCACAUUUGCUUCAUUAUCCGCUAAUUAAAGUUUAGAAAGAGAUUCAUAUAUUUUUGAUUUAAGUCUAUUCUGUUUAUAGUUUUUUGUAGAUGUUUGUAACGGGAUGAUUUUCCUCGUCGAAGGCAGUGGAGUUGAACCUCUGUCGGACUUACUAAAUGACAUUUAAUGCAAUGGGAAUGAUAAUAAUGAUAAUACCUUUUUAUUGUUAGUUUGAAAAUAGUGUGAACACUAAUAAACACUAACAUGAAGCAAUUUAAGAGAUUGCAUUUUGGAAGUUAUUGACUGCAAGUGUUACAGACGCAUUGAUUUUCAAAAUACUUUUGUAAGAACUUUUAAUUGACUUGCAUUUUUGGAUGAUUUUAUUUCGUUUGGAAGAGAAUUCCAAAACGUUGGACCCCAAAAGCUAAUUUUUCUAUACCAUUACUUGUAGUUUUGUCCUUGGGAACAGAUAGAGUAUCCAUUUUUCGAAGAUUAUAGCUAUUGGGUUUUUGGAGAAAGUAUUCUUUCAUAAAGGCUGGAUUCAAGUUCUACUGCUAGCAACCGAAUGGAGUGAAUAUGAAUUGUAGUAGAUUUAGCCUUGACUAGAAAUUUAGAAUACGAUGAAGUGGUUUUGCCAGCCCAGCAAAUCUUGGUAAUAUCUAGAUAAGCUGCAGACAUGGCCAGAAAAAUUACCAGAAAGUCAAAUUUUCAGAAAAUUCCUCUUAUGUUUACUUUCAGACUUAAUGCUAGAAAGAAAUUUGUGCGCAUGCCUCAGCGUAGCGCUCGCUUCAUUUGAAGUUGCUUUGUAUUUUCCCAAAAGACCUUGCAUUGACCCAGUGGUACCUACAAGAUGCUCUGCAGGGAAAUGAAAUCUAUUCAAGGUAUUUCUCAAUCUCCUUUGAACUUGUUAAUGCAAGGUAACGAAGAACUCCUUACUUGAUAAAACUUACGUACGUAUAAAAGAUGACUGAAGGCAAGGGAAUUACAUCCUUUCCCAGGUAAAUGAUUUAGAAUCUAUGUGAUUAAUAUUUCUUGCCACUUUGAGCAGCAUUUGUUUAUGCAUUUAAUGUUGCAAUUGAAGCGAACACAAAUUCUAUCGAUUGUCAUUCAAAAUGGGCCUAAAUUUGCAGCUAAUGGCGAACGUUUGCCGAAGUUGAGGUUGAUUAUUUUCUUCAUGGUUUCAUAGUUUGAAUGAUAUGGAAUGAAUUCAUUAAUGUAUUAAUAUAUUUCUGUGUUGUCUAUAAAUACAUUUAAUUUUAUAUGAUAUGUUUAUAUUAAUUUAAAUUGUAAUUAGAACGCUGAAUCAAUGUCGUUUUUCUAUGGCUUAAUAGUCUUUGUAAUACUGAAACAAUA